GCUCCGCAUCCGAGCCUGGAGGGCAGGGGGAUCAUAAUUCAUACCCAAGAAAGGGGAGGGUGUAGCCGACACAUUAAAGGCAAACACCUCUCUGUUCUUGCAAAAUCGUGACCACUCGCACGCCACUGAAGCCGUAGUGGAAGGGUGAGAAAGAGGGAGGAAGAAAUAGAAAGGGGGAGUAGAGCAUCACCACAGAGAGAGAUGGCGGAGUGCGGGCGGAAGGCGCUGUCUCUCCUGGAAGCGGCCCGCUCCCGGUACGAGAGCCUGCAGAUAUCCGACGACGUGUUUGGCGAGUCCGGGGAUGACAGCAGCGACAAUCCCUUCUACAGCACCUCCGGAGACUCCGACUCCGACAACUACAUAGCCGAGGUAGGCGAGGAGGAGCAGCAGCAACAGCAGCAGCAGCCGCAGCACCACCACCACCACCACCACCAAAAACGGGGCGAUAAGGAGAGCGGGCACAGCGGGGGAGCAGGAGGUGGCAGCAGCGGAGCCGGUCCCCCGGGCUCUCUGUCCCGUAGUCAGGCAGAGGAGGAGGGCUGGACGGAGACUCUGCAGGAUGUUACGGUGCCGACGUACAAAGAGACAUAUGGCCCUGCUCAGAAGAUGCCGGCCACCGCCACAGCCUUGGACUUUUUUCAGCUCUUCGUUCCGGACAAUUGCAUCCAAAACAUGAUCACCCAGACUAACAUGUAUGCCAAGAAGUUCCAGGAGCGUUUCGGCGCAGACGAAGGUUGGCGUCCUGUCACCGCCCAGGAGAUGAAGGCCUUCCUAGGCUUUGUCACCUCCACCAGUGUGCACCGCUGCGAGUCGGUGCUCAGCAUCUGGAGCUCAGGCUUCUUCAGCAACCGGAGCAUCGCCUUGAAGAUGAGCCAGGCACGUUUUGAGAAGAUUCUCAAGUACUUCCACAUUGUGGCCUUCCGGCCGUCACAAGGAAGCAACCAGGGCCUGUACAAGAUCCAGCCUUUCCUGGACUCACUGCAGCAGUCAUUCGGCUGCACAUUCAGACCUUCACAGACACAGGUUCUCCAUGAGCCCUUGAUAGACGAGGAUCCAGUGUUCAUCACCACUUGUACGGAAAGAGAGCUGAGGAAGAGGAAGAAGAGGAAGUUCAGCCUCUGGGUUCGACAGUGCACCUCCACUGGAUUCAUCUGUCAGAUCUCAGUCCAUCUGAAGGAGGGCCAGGGUACAGACGGUCUGGCCACCUUGAAGAACAAGCCUCAGCUCCACAGCCUCGUGGCCAAGCAGCUCUGCCAGAACAUCUCUGGCAAGAACACCAUCAUCUUCACCGGGCCGUCCAUCACGAGCCUCAGUCUUUUCACUGAAUUCAGCAAACAAGAUAUCUUCUGCUGUGGUCUGCUGAGCACCAGGAAGAGCGACUGUACAGGUUUACCACAGGGCAUGUUGGUCUGCGGCUCCACACCAGCGCAGCGCGGCCAAUCACGAGUAAUGAUGAAAGGCAGCAUGUCACUGAUCAGCUGGUACAACAAGGGACACUUCAGGUUCCUCACCAACGCAUACUCCCCGACAAAACAAGGUUUGAUCAUCAAGAGAAAAAGUGGGGAGAUCCCAUGUCCUCUGGCUGUUGAGGCCUUUGCAGCGCACCUCAGCUACAUCUGCAAAUAUGACGACAAGUACAGCAAGUACUUUAUCUUCCACAAGCCCAACAAGACCUGGCAGCAGGUGUUCUGGUUGAGUAUCAGCAUCGCCAUCAACAACGCGUACAUCCUCUACAAGAUGUCUGACGCCUACACGGUCAAACGCUACAGCCGAGCGCAGUUUGGAGAGAGACUGGUCAGGGAGCUGCUGGAUCUAGACGACUGCUCCCCCACUCAGUGAGGAGGAUGAAGAGGAGGAGGGGGAGGAGGAGGAAGAGGUGGUGGACAGCAAAAACACACACACUCAGACACACACAAACAUAAUCCCCACGCAUAUAUUUACACUCUUCAUUACUGUUGUACAGACUCUGCAGUCUGUGUCUAUGUGAUAAUACCGAAGCAGUGCCAAGCCUAUGUCUCUCUUCCUCUAGCUGUUUUUUGUGGUACUGUAAAUAUUCAUUAACACACAAUUGCACACAACACAAUAGAGAAUUAUGAGCCAUGGGACAGUUCACAUGCCUCAGCUGCAACCUUCAACCACACAGAUUUACUAAGGAUUUGUCAGCAGGAGCUAUUUCACAAGCAGAGAUGAAGGCAGAAACAAUGAAACCGGGAAGAAUUCACCGGUAAAUGAUGUCAGCUUCAAGUUUUAACUCUUACGAAAGAGUGAAAUUAUUGAUAUGAGCCUGAGUCUCCCGUAGGAGUGUUCAGACAUGCUCAUCAGGCUAAAAGGCUAUAUGUAGCUUGAUAUUUACACUCUGCAAAAACACCUGCAACCCUGUAACAAAAGCUUAGUAAACCAGGACUAUGGUGUGUUCACAUGCUGCAUGCAUAAAGAAUCUGGAUUGUGAUGUUCUCUUGUUCAAUGUGAAAUUGAUUUCUGCUCCAGGUGGGUUUUGAAACUUUUGUGUGUUCUAUUUAUUUAGCAAGUGGAACUGCCAUUUGUGUGUGCAAGAUUGAGCCUGAGGAUGUAAAUGUACGGCUAUUGUGACCCACGUGUGUCGUGUUGCUGCGUACUGUACUCGCUAGAGGAAGACUGUCAGGUGACAUAAAGCCACACCCAGCAGUGUGCCACCAAUUUACAGCCUCCCACUUCAAAAGAACCUGGAAAAUGGUAAAAAAAAAAAAAAAAAAAAAAAAAAAAAAAAAAGACUGUUUCAGGUGUCUUAAAGCCCCUCGAAACCCAGUUUUGAGUAUUUCUCUAUAACAGUAAAUAUUCAUGACUAAAGUUGAAGUCUGGGGAAAAAAACAUGAUUUUAUUUAUUAAGAGCACUUAAAAUCUCCUGAUCUGCUUCACCAGGGCUGUGUCGGUGUGGUUUGAUCAGAUUUACAGAACAAUAUAAAAUAACAACCCAACAACUGUCAGCAGAUUUUAAUUCAAAUAUUGUAAAAUCCUGAUUGGUGCACCCAAGUACCUCACAAACAAAUAAAUGUGCUUUUCCGCCAAAAAUUCCAGGAACUUUAAUUUCCCAAGAGCACAUUGUGCUUUGUGUUUCCAAAGCGGGGCCGAAGCCAAACAAAGAUCAAGAAGGUUACUCUGCUGACAUUAUCAAAAGCGCAACAAUUGGCUUUUACAUCAUUUGGACAUGCAACAAUUCAGAUUGAGAAAACAGGUUUUCAGGGUCUUUAACAAAAAGAAAAAUCAAAUCUGAAACCUUCUUUGGUACCAACAACACUUUUAUUGCCAGAUAAACUUGUCAUAUUUGCCUGUUUCGUUACUCAUGCAGUCACUCAUACUUGUACUUUGGGUUUGCAGGGAAGAAUGCGUUUAAAAUCUCCUUGAUUGAAUGUUAAGUAAGUCUGUGUUGCUUGGCAACAAGUACUAUCUUGGCAAGUGGGCAGGGGUUUGGAUAAUGUUGCUUGGCAAGAUUUAGGUCCGAGAAGUUAAAACUGAAUCACUGGUGGUUUCUAAGAUGCAUCAGCUAAUCAAUGAAAUAACACAUCUUAAUGUAGAUAUAAGACUUCGGGUUCAUCUUAUUGACGUGCAGUGACUUGCUUUCUCAUGCACCCCUGAUCUGAAAUGGAAGCAUCAAAAAAAGUAAACUCUGACAUCAAAUAACUAAACUGAUUUGAUGAUUUAUAAAUAAUGGAUAGUUACUUUUUUAUGAAAACAUUUUCAAGUAGUAAUAUUAAUCAUUUGAAUAAUCCUUCUUCUGAAAUGGAAGUACGGAAGCACUUUGGACAAUUAUUGUGAAUGCUGCCUUCUUCCAGUGGCGCAUUUAUUGCCAAGUAACAAAUUUAGAUUUGCCAUCUCUUGUCCAGCCAAUGGACGUGAGAGUGGAGAGAUGAACGUUUAUCUGAUACAAGAUGCACUUACUGUCUUCAGACCACACUGCUGUCUGUAGCUUUAGUGAGGAUGUCAGUCCAAUUUGCUUUGCUUAACAUGUUAUGCAGCCAACAUGUUAUGAAGUGAAAGGUUUUGAUGUGUGCUUGCUCCAUCAGCAUGGUUAGAUGUGUGAAUACAUACUACAGUAAGAUGACAGUCUGCACGCUGGCAGAGCGGUGUUGUCGAGUGAUUCGCUGGCAGGACUCAUGCACUUUCCCACAUCGCAGUCUUGCACUUUGAGGAGAUUUGUAAAGCUAGCAACAUGUCUCUUAGAUAAUCCUUUUAGUUUUGAAUUCAGUGAUAGUAUACAGUACACUGCUCUAAGAAAAAAUAUGGAAAAGUGAAGAAAUAAAUUCUGUGACUAUACAUAGAUAAAUGAAAUGGAUUAUAUAAAAUUAUGCCAAUGAAAUACGACUGAAAAUGAAUGACCAUAACCAAAAUAGAAAAGAUUUCCACUGUAGAUUUAGAGUAUAAGGUAACAGUAUGUCUGUGCUUGUUUACAAAUAACUGUGAGUGUACGUCUGUAAUCACUCUGUCACAGAGACUCAAGAUUGUGAUUUUUUUUACUUUUUCACUAAUCCAAAGCAUCGUUGUUAUCAUUGUUGCUUGUGUGUGUGUGUGUGUGUGUGUGUGUAUGUAUGUGUGUCUAAUCACUGUUCACCUUGAAGUAACACUGUUAA